CAGGCAGUGUGAAUUGUAAAUUUGCAUAAACCACUAAUUUGCUGCAACUCAUUCCCUACCAAACUAAUUCGUUUGGACUGAAGACUGGAUGCACUUUUGAAGGACUACUUAAUAUCUGGCUGAUUUACCAACUUUUAGUUGAGACGCGUAUCUUCCUUCUUUUUAGCUUGUAAAUCACUAUGGUGGCGAUGACAAAAAGAGUCAAGGCCUUUGAGGUCGUUUUCAACGAUCCAUCCAAGACAUUUUACUGCAGUGGAGAUAAAGUGGCUGGGAAGAUCUUGGUGGAGGUUUCGGAGGUGACCAAGGUGAUGGCCAUGAGGGUCGUGGGAGUUGGAUGCGCUAAAGUGGAGUACGCGAAAGGCAAACAGAGAUGCCGUGAAGAAAUUGACUAUCUGAAGUAUGAAGAGGUUGUCCACUUGGACGACCAUCCCGCAGACUCAGAUGGUUCGGUUGUUCUCCGUCCUGGCAACAAAUACGAAUACUCAUUUGGCUUUGAGCUUCCUCAACAAGGGCAACUGGUGUCUUCCUACAAGGGCAAGUUUGGGUUUGUUCAAUACUUUGUGAAGGCUCUGAUGGAAAGACCCUCUCAGCCCGCCCUGGAGUGUAAGAAACACUUUGAAGUUGAAGAGCCGUUGGAUGUCAACACUCCAGACUUGCUGUCCCCUACUGGAGGCAUGAAGGAGAAGAAGGUCACCUGCAUGUUCAUCCCCGACGGCCAGGUUUCUCUGAACGCCAAGAUUGACAGGCGUGGCUUCUGCGAGGGCGAAGAGAUCUGCAUUGAUGCCAAAUUUGAGAACACCUGCUCUCGCAUCGUGGUACCAAAAGCGGCGAUCAUCGCCAAGCACACCUACCAGGCCAAUAGCCGCACCAAAGUCUUCAGGCAAAAACUCUCCUCAGUGCGUGGCAACCAUAUCAUCUCCGGCAUGUGCGACGCCUGGCAGGGGAAGAGCAUUCGUGUGCCUAAGAUCAAGCCCUCCAUCUUAGGCUGUAACAUCAUUCGAGUGGAAUAUGCGCUCAUGAUAUAUAUGCACAUCCCUGGCAGUGAUAAGUUGAUUCUGGAGUUGCCUCUGGUUAUUGGGACCGUUCCCUACAAUGGCUUUGGUAGCCGCACUAACAGUAUGAGCAGCCAGGAUGGUUCCGUCAGCACAGCGUCGGCGAGCUGGGUGUCCCUGCAAAUGCCCCCAAGCUACUGUGACAUUACACGCGACUGCAGCCUAGAUCAACCUCUCACACCUCUAUUGGAUGACUAUGAUGGAGGAGACAGUCCCAUCUUCAUGAACGCACCCCAAUUCCAGUUCCCCCUACUCCCCGCUUAUUCUGAGGUGGAGGAGGAAUUCAACGGAAACGCCCGCAUGCUUCCUGUCUGCUGAACCGAUCCAGCAGCUCUAGAACUGAACUGAUGCCCAUCAUAAAAGGUUUUUUUUCCCACUCUAAGCACUCCGGGCUUUCACCAUGCGGAUCAGAGGUGGUUUGAGAAGUGUCGUAUGGAUGUAUGAAAGUGAAGAUGGAGCGGAGGAUUUUGGGACCCGAGUGGCCCCUCUGCAGGAUGAGCUAGUCGACGUUCAGAGGAAAAAGGAGUGAAGUCCAAGCUCACAUGUGCCUGCAUUGCUGACAGCCAUCUUAUAUAAUGCAUCACUCAAGUUAAACAUGUUUCUGUUAUACAUUUGAUGCUGUUUCAGGGUCUGAAAGAGGGCACACAGACUGGCGAUUCGUAUUUCUUUAUGUUUGAGCUGCUCUCUCUUGAUACGAGAUUACUGCUGAGGUGCAAACUGAUUGUCGCAUUAUAGCCAUUUAAGCACACAUAGACUUUCCUUAUUGGUGUUCAUUUACUUUCUAACAGUCCCCAACAUAUCAUUCAAUAGCAUUGAGCUUAUUUUCGUUAUCAUUCCAUUACAACCCAAUGUUUUUUUUUUGUUUUUUUUUUGUGGGGAUGAAAUAUUUCAUUUGUAGAAACAUUCUUCAAUCCAUUUGUUAAGUCAAUGUGCUAGGCAGAGAUAUAUUAUUCUAAGUUACUGAAAUGUAAAGAAGAAAUGUAGUAUAUUGAUAUUUUCAUCAAGGGAAAAUCAUGCAGUGUCAGUCUAUAAUGUACCAGUGUUUUGUUUUUCAUUUGAAUGCACUUUUUAUGAAUGCAAGUUGCUGUAUAACUACUCGCAGGGAGAUGGUUUUCAUGUUGUUUUUUUCUUGUCUUCCAAAAUUGUUCGCUGAGGGAUCAGGCAUUCAUUGCAUGCUCAAUUCAAGAGUCAGUACUGUGAUGCGUUCAAAACCUCGUCCUAAGAAAGGGCUCCACUGAUGUUGUCUCUUCCACUGUGGACUUGAACAUUAAGCCAAAAAAGAACUUGAUACUUCAAGUGCCAAAAUUAGGGUCUGUUUAGACUUCGAGCGCUGACCAUGUUCAUAUGUGAGACUAGAACCUGCACUGUGUGUAGACAUAUCCUGAAGACAUUUUGAUCAACAUUUUCACUUGUGGGGAUAUCUUCCUUAACUUCUCGUGUGUGUCUCUGUGUUUUGUUUCUUAUAGAAUGUAUAAGAUGACUGUUACUGUUAUUAUAAAUCGUGCAAAGUAUCCUUUUUGUAUCUAAAUUAAAGUGUUUUUUUGUAUGAGCACUCGUUUUCAAUAAAAGUUUUAAGAUGUUAUAAUAA